CAAAGGGAGAUCCGCUCUACGCACGCGUGCCAAAUAUAAGGGUUCCACCCUCUACCUGAAAGGAGCGCACCUGGAUCCAACGAGACGGAAGUAGCUUGCAAAGAUUGAGAAACGCUGCACAACUGUAUUCUUUUUGGGCAACAAUUACUCUGAAAUUCCACGUUAUCUCGAAGAUGAUUUUCAUUUAGCGAUAUGCUCGACAUAUAACUUGAUGGACUUUUAAAUCAAUAAUUUGGAGUCCAUUUCCCAUACUUUUUAUGUAACGUCCCGGUUACCUCCUCUGGUGGUGCAACUGACUGGUAGGUGAAGUACUGUCUCAAAGCUAUCUACCCCACACAUCUCCAGAAGAAUGAGUGGUCUCCGCAGAGUUCUCAGAAGGCGAUUACACCCCUUAAAACUGGUGAUAGUGGGCCUUAUUUUUGUCACAUUUCUCUUCCUAAUACAACGUGAGGUAGUAAGCCAAAGUCCCUCCCUAGAAGAGCCCUGGCUGAAGGAGAUGGCUGUCAAACGGGAUGCCAUGCUGGGCAUGGUGAUGGGUGCUGUCAAUAACUUUAGGGACGCCAUGCCAAAAAUGCAGAUCAAAGCCCCAGUGCGUCAGCAUGACAAUGCAGGGGACUUCUCCUGUUUGCCAGGGACCUACACGGCUGCUGAGCUGAGGCCAGCCCUGGAGCGUCCACCUCAGGACCCCAACAGCCCCGGGGCCUCUGGGAAGCCCUUUCACACAGAUAAACUGAGCCCUGCUGAACAGAAGGAGAAGGACCGGGGAGAGGAGAAACACUGUUUUAACCUCUAUGCCAGUGACCGCAUUUCUCUCAGCCGUGACCUGGGUCCUGAUACCAGACCACCAGAAUGUAUCGAGCAAACAUUCAAGCGCUGUCCCCCUUUGCUGACCACCAGCGUGAUCAUUGUGUUUCACAAUGAAGGCUGGACUACUCUGCUGAGGACGGUGUACAGCGUCCUCCACACCUCCCCUGCCAUCUUCCUCAAGGAGAUCAUCCUGGUGGACGAUGCCAGUGUGGACGACGCCUUGAAAGAGGAGUUGGAUGAAUAUUUGAAGCGGCUGCACAUCGUGCAUGUGGUGCGGCAGCGGGAGAGAAAGGGCCUGAUCACCGCCCGGCUACUGGGAGCCUCGGUGGCCACCGGAGACAUCCUCACCUUCCUCGACGCUCACUGUGAAUGCUUCAGUGGCUGGCUGGAGCCUCUACUGGCCAGGAUAGCAGAGAACUACACUGCAGUAGUGAGUCCUGACAUCACUACCAUUGACCUCAACACUUUUGAGUUUAUGAAGCCCUCGCCGUACGGGCAGAACCACAACCGUGGUAACUUCGACUGGGGCCUGUCCUUCGGCUGGGAGAGUCUACCGGACCACGAGAAACAACGGAGGAAGGAUGAGACCUAUCCUAUUAAGACACCGACUUUUGCUGGGGGACUCUUCUCUAUCUCCAAGGACUACUUCUAUCUCAUCGGAAGCUAUGAUGAACAAAUGGAAAUCUGGGGCGGCGAGAAUAUUGAAAUGUCUUUCAGAGUGUGGCAGUGUGGCGGUCAGCUCGAAAUCAUCCCUUGCUCCAUCGUGGGUCACGUGUUCCGCACCAAGAGCCCCCACACCUUCCCCAAGGGCACCCAGGUGAUCGCACGCAACCAGGUGCGGCUGGCCGAGGUCUGGAUGGACGACUACAAGGAAAUCUUCUACCGGCGCAACCAGCAAGCUGCCCAGUUGGCCAAAGACAGGGCCUUCGGAGACGUCGGGCGUCGUGUGGACCUCCGGGAGCGGCUGCAGUGCAAGAGCUUCUCCUGGUAUUUGAAAAAUGUGUAUCCAGAGGUCUUCAUGCCUGAUCUCAACCCGCUCCACUUUGGCUCGGUGAAAAAUGUAGGUAAAGACGCGUGUCUGGAUGCAGGGGAGAACAACGAGGGAGGGAAACCGCUGAUCUUGUAUCCAUGCCACGGCCUCGGAGGAAACCAGUAUUUUGAGUACUCGACCCAUCAUGAGAUCCGGCACAACAUUCAGAAGGAGUUGUGUUUGCAUGGGACGGAUGGAGCCGUGAAGCUGGAAGACUGCCAGUAUAAAGGCCGCAAUACGUUUGUAGGAGCAGAACAGAAGUGGGAGUUAAGGGAGAACCAGUUAUUCUACAACCCAGGAUGGAACCUGUGUCUGAGUGCUCGUCAUGAGCACCCCUCGUUGGUGGCCUGUAACCCCUCAGACAGAUACCAGCUGUGGCUCUACGUCUGACUACAGGACACACAUGGUGGACAAUGUGUGCCUUGGUAUCCUAGGACCAUUAGAACAAGUAGCAAUUGGCGUACAUUUUUGUUACGUUUUAUUAUUCGAAGUUGAAUUUUGUAUUUAUUUUUAUACGUAGAAGAACUGCUGCUGGAAAGUUUGCGAUUUUUGAGGAGAACGUGACCUCGGGAAGGAAGUGUUCAAACUGAUACUAAAGACUGUUUGUUUUACUCCUUUUAAAAAAAAAAUCAUGAUUUGGGUAAAGGAAUUGUUUUUCUUGUCUUACACGCCAAAUGCUCUCUGUAGAUUGACGGAGGUAGCUAGGACUGUGGAAAGACUUUGGAUGGAUACUGAAUGAAGAGAGAUUUCUUUGAAGAAUACGUCUUUUUUUUUUAUAGUGUGUACUUCGGUGGGAAAUCAACAUGACAUUUAAUUUAAUUACCAAGGUUUGUUCUUUAUUGCCCACACUGAAUAAUUUAUUAAUAUAAAUGUGAAAACCAACAACAAUGGACUGUCAAAUAAUGCAGUAGUGCACUUGCCUCUUGCACAAACUGAAUAACUUCGAUGUUAUACACCAAAGACUAAUCCAAGUUUUUUUUUCUCUUUUUUUCUUCUAUUAAAGACAUGCUCCAGAGCAAUCUAUGAGGAGAAUUACUGUCUUACCUCAAUUAGCCACAAAUCCAUUUACUGGAAGCGGUGCAGUGCCAUUUUCCUUACAUUUUCCCCCACGUGGGCCAGCCCCCUAGCAAUUUGAGUUCCAGCCAAUGAGGUUCAGCCCCUCGGCGUGAGAAAUUACGUGGGGCACAUAUGUGAUGUAUGCAAUUUUCGGGAUCAUUUUUGGCUUGUAAGCUCUACUUUCAGAACUACUGGCUAAGAAGUAUAUGGGGAAAAUCUAUUUUAAAAAGUGUAUUAUAGGUUAUUCAACAUCUACCACUACUGCCUAUUUUUAUUAUGCGAACUAGUCUAUCAGAUGUGACAGGAAAGCACUAGAUAUGCAUCCUCCAUUACCGCUACUAGAGGGUCUGAUUCCCCUCUCCUCCAGCUGGUUUUCCUCACAAGCAGAUUGAGAAUGAUGUCUAUAUGUUGCCCAUACAGUGCCUCUCACUUUAUGAACAGCUAAUUCUGAUAAAAUAUGAAGUCUCCAAAGUGGCAUUUUAACCAAGGGCUUGAGUCAUGUAGUUUUAUUUGGCACCUCUAAUUCAUAAUCGUCCGGUUUUUGCAAGAUAAAUCUUUUGCUUUUCCAUAUUGCUUGGCUGGGGAGUUCAAAAGGUGUUUUAAUCAUGUAUACCGUUAACCUUUUUAUGAGAUUUUAUCACCAUAGCAUUUUUAAACACAUCCAGUCACUGCUGUGGUAUUUGAAAAUGACCUGUUGUGUACAAUCUGGUUGAUUUUCAAAUUUAACUGCAAUGAUAGUAUUUUUUUUAUUUUCUUUGAAAUCUCUCUUUACAGGAAUUCGCUAGAUUGAUUGGGCCCUGCCUACUUUUUAUCAAAAAUCGAAUAAAGUUUUAAUGUCAGGGUUUUAGGGAAUAAUUUAAGGUUGACACAUCUUAACAUGCAUAGUUCUUUGGAAUGUAUUUUUCUAUAUUUGACAACACAUUUUGUAAAAUAAUCUUCUUGAAUUAAAUGAAUGUACAUGUUUUUGUAUCAUGUUCAUGGGGAUUGGAAAAUGUAUAUGUAGGCUUAAAUGGGAUCUGUAGAAAGGGGAAAAAUUUUAACUUGGUUUACAACAUGGAAUGUAUGAUUGUAUUUUUUUUUUGAGUCAAGUCUCAGAGCGCCCAGUAUCACACAAACGUCAGUGUUUCGAUGCAAGGGUGUGGGCUAGUUUAUACGAAUCGAUGGGAGAAUGCUGACUGACAAUGGAAUGUUAGAAUUUAGUUGACUAUUGAAUAUGCCUGGGACUGAGAAACAGAUGGGUCUAUUGCAGUCUGUCAAUAAAUUAGAACCGUGUGCCUUUUAUGUUUGGAUCCUUGAGGUUUUCCAUUUUAGUAAAAGGAACUCUGUGUAAUGAGUACAAUGACUGAAUACGGCAGGGGUGUCGAACUCGUUCCAUGGAGGGCCUAGUGUCUGUUUUCUUUUCAAUUAAGCCCGAGAUGGUGAGGUGAGAUCAUUAGUAAUUAGUGACCUUCAUUCAUCAAUCAAGUACAAGGGUGUGAAACCUGUGGAUGCCAGGCCCUCCGUGGAAUGAGUUUCACACCUAUGCUGUAUGGCAUGAGUACCAUUCUUCACCAUUUCUUAUGUUCAACGGGAGAGGGUGCUGUGCACAAAGGAAUUCAUCCUUACUGGGUUGUUGGUGUACCCUUUUUCUAAAUAAAAGUUGUUCAAGCUAAACGUAUAAAGAAAAACAACACAUGGUUUCAUUUUAUUUAAAGGUCAUGUAUUGUUAAAGCAAAAACGCAACAAAAAAAUUGCAUAACAUUUUGGCUUUAUCUAACGUUAAGAAACCAAAACACAUUGAAACAUUUAUACCAUUCCAUACAAAAAGUAUUCUGUUUCACAUUAUAGUAAGCGAUAUAAGGAAAUCAGGCACAUGGAGCUGUACGACUCACAACCGUCAUGAAACGAGCAACAUUUUAGACAGAAACAUGUUUUUAUCCAAUACAGACAGUUCAGUAAAGCACAAUAAAUACACAUUUCAAUAUAUCAUUCAUAAUAAAUACUGAAAAUCAUAAACACAGCAGAAUUACUCAAUUGGAUGCAAUGUUACUGUAUCUUGCCUUCCCUUAAAUGCUUUGGCACUGAUACUGUACAGUCCAUAACAGUAGCACUGAUUGGCUGACAGCUGGAUACACUUUGUUUGCCAAUGAGGUGAGGUAACAUUAUUUAGUGUUUCAGUCAGGUGCAGAAUCACAAAUCAAGUAGUGUUGGUUGAAUAGAGACAAGGUGCAGACUUAGACAGGGAUACAUGCAGGGCUGCCCACUCCUUUUAUGGAGAGGGAAUGUUGGUAUUUCAUUGCUGUCCCUAUAACGUUUUAAUACAGUUGUAGCAAUACAAAUCUGGAGCAUUCCGUUCAAUGGCAUUCCGUUCAAUGUCUUUUCUCCCAGGCUGAUCAGUCAUUCUCUAACUUGGCGCUGAUAUGAAUUGCUUGAUUGUCCGACCUCAAAUGCCUGAUGUGGCUCUCAAGAGUAUGACAUGGCUUUCAUUAAAAGCUUCGAAAUGCCCUGUUAUUAUUGCUCUUCACACUUCAAUAAUUGUGUCACACGAUAACUUUCUCGUCCGUACAACCAAUCUCUUCAGGUAUUUACUG